AAUAAUUUUGGGUUUCACUCAAAAUCCAAGCCCGCUAGACAGACCUACCUUACUCACUCUCUUGUGAAUUUUCAAGAGAAACAGUGAAAGAAAAAUGGAGUCUGUUGCAGGAAUCAAACUCAGCAAUCAUCGAUUGCUGAAUCUGUCACCGAACACUAAUAUAAUACCAUUUCCAAAAUCCAUUUCAACAAUCUCCUUCUCAAAAACCACUGCCAAAACGUCAUCUAUCCAAUUUCAUCAAAACCCUAACAAGAAAAAACAACCACAAUUUGAAACCCUAAAACCACUCUCUUCUUUUCUCAAAACUACGUGCAUAGCCAUUACUGCUACUGCUCUUUUCUUCAAUCGCAUGCAAAAACCCUCCAUUGCUGCUCCUGUUUCUACACCCACGGUAGACAAGGAAAGUAUUACAGAAGAAACUGAUGAAGAGAAAGAAAGAGUGUUGGACGAGUAUCUAGAUUCAAACCCAGAUGAUGUUAAAGCCUUAAAAGCAGUAAUGGAAGUUAAAAUCAAAGCUGGAAAAGUCGAAGAAGCGAUUUCAAUUAUCGAUCGUUUGGUUGGAGCUGAACCAACUGAAAAGGAAUGGCCACUAAUGAAAUCUCAUCUUUUGAGUUAUAGUGGAGAUACAGAAUUGGCCAAGUUAGGGUUUGAAGAGGUCAUUUCUAGAAACCCUUUAGAUGUUGAAGCUUAUCAUGGAUUAGUAAUGGCUGCAUCUGAGUCAGAAUCAGGUGAACUAGAUAAUGUAUUGAAAAGGAUUGAAAAGGCUAUGGAGAUCUGUAAGAAAGAAAAGAGAAAACAAGAUGUAAGAGAUUUUAAAUUGUUGGUUGCACAAGUCAGAGUUCUUGAAGGUAAAUAUACAGAUGCUUUGAAAAUUUAUCAACAACUUGUUAAGGAAGAACCAAGAGAUUUCAGACCUUAUCUUUGUCAAGGUAUUAUUUAUGCUAUGUUGAAGAAGCCUGAGGAAGCUGAAAAACAGUUUAGUAUUUAUAGAAGACUUGUUCCGAAGGGACAUCCUUAUGCUAAGUAUUUUCAAGAUACCAUGACAACGAAGAAGUUGUAGAGGACCAGAAGUGAUUGCAGAACAAGACAUGGCGUUUAGUAACUGGUGUUAGGGAAAGUCGGAACAGGGUACAAGAUAGAGUUGAUUUGUGUUCACAACUAGGAUAUUUAUCCCAGGGCUGAGCUCUGAUUUAAGGUGAUUAUGAACGAGAUUAUGAUGAUAUUGGAGAUGUGUUGAGAUGGGAUCUCUCUCAAACUUGUACUGUCUUCACAGUUGUAACUUGUAGACCUUAAGCCGUGUUCUUUAUGUUUUCUCAAUCUUUAACUGUGAAGCUAUUGCUAUUGACGCAAGUUGUAUCAUGUGGGUAUUAUUUAUAGCCCGGUGAUAUACUAGUGAGUAGCUGUUAGAUAGGCAGCAAACAAAUCAAUGAACAGCAGAUUGUUAAUUAGAUGUUAGCUAUUCUGGUGAGGGUUCAAUUAAACCAAGAGCCCUUCUGCAUUUAUCCAUAUACGUUGGCCCCUGCCUUCUUCAUGGUUGAAUAUUCUAAGGCUGUCUAAACUUUGGGAGGGAGUGGAUCCAAACAGUCGAUGGCUGGAGCAAAUGCCUAACUCUGGCAUAUUUCUUCUAUCUCAUGUUAUAAAGCAUCAGGUUCAUGAUCUAGUAUCUCUAACU